CACUAAAAGUGAUUUUGUGAUGGCCGCCGUUACCAAUCUCUGCUGUUGCAAGAUACCCAAAGAGUAACGUCAUUUGUGUGUCGUCAUGGCAUGAAACUUCUUUGACAGUCCAUCUUCAUCUUCACAAGUCGGGGUUAUCUUUCCCCUCGGCAGUCAUGGACACAUCGCUUUCCGGAACAAAGCAAAAGAAGAAAAAGAAACCAGCUCACAAGGAAUCUCGCACAGACUCAAAAGAGAGCUUGCAAACCAACAAAUACCAGCCUGGCUUACAGCAGGCCAAAACACAGUCAGUACAAGUAACUGUAACCAAGAAGAGUGUAGAAGGAAAUGAGAACAGUGUGCAACCAGUCGCAAAAGUGGUGCUAAGCAAAGUGUUGCCACAGCAACCAACUGAAAAGCAACCUCAAGGAGUGCAGCUUGCUCAAUCAUCAGCAGGCCAGAAAAAGAAGAAGAAAAAGAAAAAGAAGAAGCCCAAGCAACCGUCUGAACAGCAGGGGGCAGAAUCCGUUCCAGAGAAACCUGCUGAAACCCAUGAGUCUGGCUGCUGCAAGCUCAGAAAUCUCAAGGAGAUCACCUGUCUCGAGCUGAUCUGCCCACACUCGAGCAAGCCAGCAGCCAAAGCGUUUUCGUCUGAAGGCCCGAAUGCAGGGGCGGCAGCACCACCUUCGUCAAAGUCUUCGCUACCUGCUGCCACCACCAAUGCUCUCACCCAGAAUCACCUGGACAGCCUGUCGGAUGCCAUUGUGAAGAGUCUGGCAUCUCUGGAUAAGAGCUCCAUCAGCAUUACCCUUGUGAACCCUAAGGACGAAUCCACCGUUGGCGAGAAAAUUGUUCGUGCUCUGCAGGAGCCGUUACCUGGCCCUGAUCCUGAGAUAGUGGUUGACAUAUGUGGUACAAGUGUGAUUGACUUUGGAAAGAAGGACAGUGAGAUAAGUUGUAGUGCUGUGUUGCAAAACUCUGGUGCCAUGCCGUCAGGAGAUAGUGCUGACUCAAAGAAGUCUGGUAAGAAAAGCAAGGACAGUGGUGCAGUGAAAGCAGUGAACAAUCAUGUCGUGCUCAGUAGUGACAAGCAUCCCUUGAAAGGAGAUGACAAGUCCUCAAAGGUCGUUCAAAAACAAGCAAAUGCCAAACCUGUCGCCUCGCAGUCUAGCGAAGCACCUUUGAUGCAGCCAAAACAGGAGAAUGAUGGCUUGGCGAUCAAACAUGCCGCAACGAACGACAAAGCACAAGGUGUAACUGGAGAGAAAACAAAAGCACAGCUGAAGGCAGAAAGAAGAGCCGCUUUCGAGGCUGAAAAUGCUGCCCGGCUUGCUGCUCAGAAAACCGAAGGCAAAGCCGCUGGAGAGAAAAACAAGGCAGAGCUCAAAGCCCAGAGGCGAGCGUUGCAAGAAGCCCAGCGGGCAGCAAAAUCACAGGGAGCAACCGAAAAGCCCAGCAAACCUGCAGAGCAGGCACCCACGACUGCUAAGCAGGCUGCAGCCACGGCUCCUUCACACCACCCAGUUGCAAAGAAAGCAGAUAGAGAAAACAAACAGGAACAAAGCCCUCAUUUACAUGAAACUCCAACAAAGAAGGCUGUCCGAAAGUCGGCACCUGAAGGCAAACAACAUGAAGUUUUGCGGCUGUUCUCUCACCUGCAUCAAAACCCUGGAACAGUAGACCACCUGAAGCCUUAUGGGUUAUCUGGUUCUUCUGUACACCCGGCUGUGUUUCGGACAGGACUCCAAAUUGCAGAAGGCAUUGUCACUGGCUCGAAUGCUCGCUGUGUGGCCAUGCUGGCAGCAUUCAAAACACUGAUAGAGGACUACACUUGUGACACCAGCAAGAGAGUAUCCCAGGACAUUAGAGAGAGACUGGACAAAAAUAUUGAGUUUCUAAAUAAAUCCAGGCCUUUGAGCAUGAGUAUGCAGAAUGCAGUGACAUUUCUGAAGGCCCGCAUCUCCGAAAUUCAAGAUACGGAGCCUGUGGCAGAGGUGAAAGAGAGUCUCGUGGAAUGGAUUAGGAAGUUUGUGUACGAGGAAGUAUGUCUGGCGAAGCGGCAGAUCACAGUAGAGGCCCAGCAAAAGAUCAUGGAUGAGGACGUGAUUUUGACAUAUUGCUGUUCAUCUCUGGUCAAGAGUGUGCUCAAGGUGGCGCACGAGUCUGGGAAAAACUUCAGAGUGAUCGUUGUUGACAGCCGGCCGCAGUUUCGAGGUCGAGAAAUGUUGGAGUACUUGUCAAAUGUUGGGAUCAGCUGUACUUAUGUCCUUAUAACUGCCGUGUCCUACAUAAUGAAAGAGGUGACCAAAGUGGUGCUUGGGGCCAGUACCCUCUUGGCAAAUGGCUAUGUUAUGAGCCACAUUGGUACCUCUCAAAUAGCACUGGUUGCAAGAUCGAGGAAUGUACCAGUGUUGGUAUGCUGUGAAACGUACAAGUUCUCUGAUAGGGUCAUCACAGACUCCUUUGCGCUCAAUGAACUGGGGCCAACUUCUCAGCUUGUGUCGAGUCUGCCACCAAACGUUAAGACUGAUGGCCUAAAAGACUUGCCGUCACUGAGCUUUCUUAACCUCAUGUAUGACGUUACGGCACCCCAAUUUGUGGACAUGGUAAUCACCGAAAAAGGCAUACUUCCCUGCACCUCAGUGCCUGUUGUGUUACGAAUGCGAAAUGCUGUCUACCAGUAGAACUGCUUUAGGGUAAUCUGUUUUGGGAUGCUGCGAUGUUGAAAACAUACAACAGCUUGUGGAUUUCACUUGCGCUAACUUGGAGCUUUUCAGCAGUCUGACUUUUGCAAUGGGAGGACUCCUUAAUUGUGGCGUUAGGAGACACUUUCUUUCUUUGUAAUAAAGUAUAAUACAUGACAGUGA